GCGUAAGCAAAUAAAAUGAAAACAGUGCAUGCUCAUGCAUUUGUUUUUAAGUAUUUUAGACGAUCGUUAGUCAUUUAUUGUCACUUUCUUCAAGAAAAGGACAUUGCAGAACUUCAGUUCUAUUAAUUUAUAUUUUCGUGUAUAAAAUGAGUGAAAUGACGUUGAAUAAUGAUGUAUUUACAAGAGAAUUAGAGUUGGAAAGUUGUAACAAACUCUUAACUUUGUAUCAACAAACAAUUGGCGAUGUUAGUUGCGUCGUUUGGGAUGCUGCUAUUGUUUUAGCGAAAUAUCUUGACUUUUCUUGUAGAAAUAAUAAUUGGUUGAAUGGAAAAAAAGUUUUGGAACUUGGAGCAGGAAUCGGGUCUGUUGGAAUGACUGCCGCUUGUUUUGGAGCUGAUGUCUUAAUGACUGACUUAGAAAAGGCAAUGCCAAUGCUGAAUAAAAACGCGAAAUUAAAUCAAAGCCACUGGAAGAAAUCAAACGGGUCUGUAGAGACAGAAGUGCUCGAAUGGGGAAAAGAUUUGCCAAAAAAUUUCACUCCUGAGCUUGUACUUUUAACUGACUGUGUUUACUAUGAAGAGUCUACAACACCACUGAUGGAAACACUAGAAAACCUUUGUACCAAUAAUGGAACCUACGUCCUAAUGUCUCAAGAAAAGAGGGACACCCCAGUUCAGGUCAAAGUGUGGAGCAGCUUCAAAAAAUCGCUCGAAGAAAGAUUGAAAGUUACAUCAAUUCCAUUAAACCAGCAACACCCUGUAUAUUCUAGUUCAGACAUAGAUUUAUUGAAAAUCACAAAGUGAUAAUGUCUCAGAUUAACAAAUAAAUCACAAUAAGUUUGCAAUUCUUUCAAA